CAACGGUUUCAAGCAAGCCAACAACAAUACUGCUGGCCAAGCUAACCUUUUGAAGUGUUAUUGUGGGUGAAUGUUGUGAGCUUAUUUUGUCAUAUUUUAACUACAGUACAAAGAAGAUGCCACAAGGAAAAUUAAAAGCCAAAGCAAAGUUACCUGCCAGUGUCGCUAAAAAGAAGGCGAAAGCUGCAAAAGGACCUGCCAUUUCUCGGAAAAGCAAGCCCAUCACUCCGAAGAAAGCAAAGUCAGCGGAGGUUCAGAAAAUCAAAAAGGCGAUCUCAAAGAAUCUAAAUGAAGCCAUUGAACAAGAAAUCAGAUCUCGUGCGACUGGCACACCAAAAGUUGCUGCCACUAAGGCGAAAGCCAAGUCUCCAAAGGUGACUGCCACUAAGAAAAAGGCAAAGAAAGCUUCACCCAAGAAGAAGAAAUAAUCUCUGUACUUUCUCUAAGCAGGUUCUCUCCAUGAAGCAAGCUGCCCUGGAAGUUCGAUCUCAUGAUUUUCUGUGAUUCCGUCAUGAGGCGAUCCUGCACGAAUUUCGGACCAACUGUCCCAGGAUAGCUCUUCUUCUUGCCUGCAACUCACAUUUACGUUUUAACUUCUCUACACGUUUAGCUACCACUGAUGUACAACAUACAUAUUUUUUAUGAAUAUGUAUUUUUAUAAUCAAAUAUAUGUCUACAAAGUAGUUAUUAGAUUAUUAGACUAGAUUUUUAUUUAUAAAUGUUUUGGAGUGAACAUUAAAAAAGAGUGGAUAUGGAAA